GGCAGAGCUAGGCCUUAACGAGCACCACCAGAAUGAAGCAAUCAACUACAUGCGCUUUGCUCGUUUCAAACGUGGCCUGUGUCUCAAAACAGUGGAUUCUUGUUUUCAAGACCUUAAGGACAGCAGGCUGGUUGAGGAGACCUUCACAGUCGAUGAGGUGACAGACAUGCUGGAUGGACUGCGGACUGUUGUACACAGCGAAGUGGAGUCAGAGCUCAUAAAUACAACUUACACCAAUGUUUUACUUCUGCGGCAGCUCUUUUCGCAAGCUGAGAAAUGGUACCUUAAGUUACAGACAGACGUCUCUGAAUUGGAGAAUCGAGAAUUGUUGGAACAGGUUGCUGAGUUUGAAAAGUCAGAAUUUACGUCUUCGAACAAGAAGCCCAGUGCAGAUCUCAUUAAACCAAAACUGGCUCCAUUAAAUGAAGGUGGGUCAGAGCUGCUAAACAAGACAGUUGCUUGUCUCCAAGAAGAAAAUGAAAAGUUGAAGACCAGACUCAAGACCAUAGAAACACAGGCUACAGCUGCACUAGAUGAGAAGGCCAAGCUAGAGAAGUCACUGAAGGAUUUACAGAUGAUCCAAGGAGAUCAAAAGACUAAUGGAAACCAGGAUAUCACUGAACUGGAGAAUAAGGUGGCAGCUUUGAAAUCUCAGUUUGAGAAGACUUUGAAUGACUCUACUGCAAACCAAAAAUUCUUGGAAGAGAACUUGGUGACAACGAAACAUGACUUGCUUAAGGUUCAGGAUCAGCUAUCCACAGCUGAAAAGGAAUUGGAGAAGAAAUUCCAGCAAACAGCUGCCUAUCGCAACAUGAAAGAGAUUCUCACUAAGAAGAAUGAACAGAUAAAAGAUCUACGUAAAAGGCUUUCCAAAUAUGAACCAGAGGACUAAAAUACCAAAAAUGUCUGAUCUAUCUGAAGCUGUCAUAGAAAGAGAAUGUAGACUGGUAUUAUUUUUUCAGUAAUAUUUGUUUUGAAUGGUAUAUUUUUUGCUUCUAGUGCUUAAAAUAACUUUUUAUUAAUACUAAUAACACACUGAAACACCUAACUUACUUCCUUGAAAACCUACAAUUUAUAGGUAUUGGUUUCCAUAGACAUGUUUUUAAUUGUAAACCAUCAACAUUCCUUCAGAAAUAGC